GUUAAAACUUGAAGAGGCCAAAGAAGUUCAGAGCCUCAGAAAGCGACCCAAUGGGGUGAGUGCUGUAGCUCUGCUCGUGGGAGAAAAGUUGCAAGAAGAAGCAACACUUGUGGAUGACCCAUUUAAGAUAAAAUCUGGGGGAAUGGUGGACAUGAAGAAGCUGAAAGAAAGAGGCAAGGACAGGAUCAAUGAAGAGGAAGAUCUGAACCUGGGAACUUCCUUCUCAGCAGAAACCAACAGGAGGGAUGAAGAUGCUGACAUGAUGAAGUACAUUGAGACUGAGCUGAAGAAGAGAAAGGGAAUUGUGGAGAACGAGGAGCAGAAGGUGAAGCUUAAGAAUGCUGAGGACUCUCUGUAUGAGCUGCCAGAGAACAUACGUGUCUCCUCUGCCAAGAAGACUGAGGAGAUUUUUUUCAUUCCUGAAGUGGACCUGGGAAUUGAUGCAAAAAUAAAAAACAUCAUCUCUACUGAAGAGGCCAAGGCCAAGCUGCUGGCAGAGCAGCAGAACAAAAAGAAAGACAGUGAAACUUCCUUUGUUCCCACGAACAUGGCUGUUAACUAUGUCCAGCACAACAGAUUUUAUCACGAGGAGCUGAAUGCACCAGUGCGAAGGAACAAAGAGGAGCCAAAGCCUCGUCCACUGCGAGUCGGAGACACCGAGCGGCCAGAACCUGAACGAUCUCCUCCAAACCGCAAGCGUCCCCUCAAUGAAAAGGCCACAGAUGAUUAUCACUAUGAGAAGUUCAAGAAGAUGAACAGACGAUACUGAUGACCUUGGACUGAAGCCUUUGGAGUUGUUUGGAUUUUCCACUGAUAAAGGAUUUUGUGUCAGUGACCUGCAGUGGAUGUUGGGAAGAGUCACUACCUUCAACGUGAUGAUGUGUUACCUACAAAGCUUUCCCUGUGUGAUCUUGUAGUGAAUCAGUUUGCAGGUGAUUGUGAACUCUUUGGUCAGUGAAACCUUGUAUAUAAUGUUCUUAUAAAUGAAGUUUUGUAAUGGAAAAUGACCUUUCAUCGUUGGCAUUUUUUAGUGAGAAAAUUUUUGUAGAUUUUUUUUCCCACCAUCUUAA